CAGAAAAUAAUUAUAUUGAUUAUGAGGUGGAUAAAGAAUAUGAUACAGAAGUAGUACAUAUAACAAAUGAAAUAGAAACAAUAGACUCUGUAGCUUCUAGUAAUAAAUUAGAAGAUGAAAAUUAUAUGAUACCACAAGAAAUACAAGGGAAACUUAUAGCUUGUUAUAUUAUGGAUUAUAAAAAUAAAA